AUGACGUAAAACAUCGGCGACGGAUUCUCACAUUGGGGGCUUCGAUGUUUUGUUUUGCCGCAUAGAUUUUAUUUUUUAAAUAAUUGCACGUGAAAGUAAAUUCUCUCCAGUACAGUGGUGUCAUGAACAGUCAAUUGCAGGAAAUACGGGAAAGGCAGAAGCUCAGACGACAGCUUCUUGCACAACAGCUAGGAGCAGACAGUCCCGAUAGCCUCGGCGCUGUUCUCAACAGUAAGGAUGAACAAAAAGAGAUAGAGGAGACCAGAGAAACAUGCAGGGCUUCAUUUGAAACAUCAGUUCCCGUUGCUAAAAGAAAAUGCCAGAAUGAAGGUGAGGAUCCAGAGGAGGACGUGGAGGAACAAAAGGAAGAUGUUGAAACUCAGCAGCAGGAGGUAGAAGAAGUGUACAAAGACUCAAGUACUUUCCUAAAGGGCACUCAGAGUCUGAAUCCUCACAAUGAUUACUGCCAACACUUUGUGGACACAGGCCAUAGACCUCAGAACUUCAUCCGAGAUGGAGGUCUGGCUGACAGGUUUGAGGAGUACCCCAAACAAAGAGAGCUAAUUCGGCUUAAAGAUGAGCUCAUCUCUGCCACCAACACCCCACCAAUGUAUCUGCAGGCAGAUAUGGACCGCUUUGAUCUAAGAGAUCUGAAGUGUAAGUUUGAUGUGAUUCUGGUAGAGCCUCCAUUGGAGGAAUAUUACAGAGAGUCGGGCAUCAUCGCAAAUGAGCGCUUUUGGAACUGGGACGAUAUCAUGAAGCUGGACAUAGAGGAAAUCUCUGCCAUUCGUUCUUUCGUGUUCCUGUGGUGUGGAUCCGGAGAAGGCCUUGAUCUCGGCAGAAUGUGUCUGAGGAAGUGGGGGUUCAGGAGAUGUGAGGACAUUUGUUGGAUCAAGACCAACAAAAACAACCCUGGCAAGACCAAAACGCUGGACCCUAAAGCGGUGUUCCAGAGGACCAAGGAACACUGUCUGAUGGGCAUCAAAGGCACAGUUAGACGCAGCACAGAUGGUGACUUCAUUCAUGCUAAUGUGGACAUAGACCUGAUCAUUACAGAGGAGCCAGAGAUGGGCAAUAUUGAGAAGCCAGUGGAGAUUUUCCACAUCAUCGAACAUUUCUGCUUGGGCCGUCGACGCCUGCAUUUGUUUGGCAGGGACAGCACCAUCAGGCCAGGUUGGCUAACUAUAGGCCCGACCCUGACCAACAGCAACUUCCACGCAGAAGCGUACUCUGGCCACUUCAAUGAGCCCAAUGCUUAUUUGUCUGGUUGUACUGAGGAAAUCGAGAGACUGCGUCCCAAAUCCCCACCUCCUAAAUCCAUGGCAGAGAGAGGUGGGGGGGCAGCACGAGGAGGUAGGGGUGGUCAAGGCUCAGGUAGAGGAGAUCGCGGUCGAGACAGAAACCGGCCGAACUUCCGUGGAGACCGAGGUGGAUUCAGAGGCCGUGGUGGUCCACAUCGUGGAUUCCUUCCACGAUAAUACACAACAUGACUUUUUGUUGAGACUGAAAACAAAUGUGAUCUGAUUUGAGAUAUUUUUGUACGUGAAAUUUGAUGAGUUUCCAUAGGACUCAUAUUGUUUGGUUAGUGUAUCGUAAGUAGGACUAUGUUUUUAUGGCUGUUGUACACACUCCUGAAGGUUUGUUAAGUCAAUAGCUGUUCAGGGUGACAAGACUUUCUGUCAUUAAACCCACAUUUUAUAUGGAAAUUUUAAAAGCAUUGUUUUUAUUUUUUUAUUAAUUGUGCAUUUGCACAUUUAUUGAAUCAAUUUAUGUGUUUUACCACCAUCUCUAAUCUCAAAUUCAAGAGAUACUCCUCCCAAAAAUAAAAAUUCUGUCAUAUCUUAUUCUGUGUUCAACAGAACCAAAAAGUGAUACAAGGUAGUCAAUGAUGUCCCAGAAAUGUCAGUUGCUAACAUUUUUCCAAAUAUCUUUCUUCAUUUAAAGACAUUUAUACAGGUUUGGAACAACUUGAGGUUGAGUAAAUGAUGACAGAAUUUUUGGACCGAGUGUCACUUUUAGAGGAGUUCAUUUUGUCAUCGGCAUAGUUCCUGUGUGUCCUGUGGAGGGCAGCAAGGCUAAGUUUUAGGAUAUUUAGAGGGGCGAAAUGCUACUGUACUGUAACCAGAUUUUUAAAAGGAGAGUCUGGACAUUUCUUGUCCAGCGGUCAAUAAAUAAUUCUCAUUAUUAGCUAUGAAUAAAAUGAUAUAUUGUA